AUGGAUUCAGUCUCACAAAGAUUCUUGGAAGAAUUGCGUCAGUUCACCGUUGACAGCAAUGAGGAUAGUGGUAUGGUAGGUGACCAUUCUGUGCAGUCUGCAACAUGUGCUCUAUGCCAAAGGACUUUUUCCCCCGAGAAUGAGGCAACUGGAGAUCUUGAAACUAUCAGCAUGUGUGGGGACUGUAAAUUUUUGUACCUUGAAGAUCAUGGUGCCCCCACACAUGAUUCUUAUCAGGGAACGCCAUCUACGAGAAGAAGAGCUAGGAACAGCAGUUCCGAGUCACUUGAUAAUAUUUUCUCACAACAAUUCUCACAUAUGAUUAAUCUGAUGCGGCAAAACCAAUCCCCUGGCUCUGGGCUUGAGGAUUUUCCUGCAGAUGGUGAUCCAGCUGCUAGGGUAUCUCAACGCACAAGUUCCCGUACUACACCAAGUGGGUCUAGAAGAUGGCGGCGUGUGCUUUCUGAUACUGAAAGUGAUGGUUAUGAUAACGGGGAUUCUCUCUAUGGGGAAAAUGAAUCAAAUCUGAGUUUUGGUCGGUACAGGGCAUUUCAUGGUGAGAGUGAUGCGAUUUCUUUUAGUGCUUACGGAGGGGACUCUGAUGCUUCUGUAGACCUACAUGGUUUCCUGGAUACAGAAACGAUUAUUCAACCAGAUGAUGGAAGUGCUUUUGAUAGUGAUACUGACAUUGAUCCAAUGCAUGCUGGUCUUGACCAGUGGAACUCAGAUGACACUGAAGAAGAAGAAGAAGAAGAAGAAGAUGAUGAUGAUGAUGAUGAUGAUGAUGAAGGGGAUGAAGAAGAUGAUGAAUGGGAAGAAGCUGAUGCUGAAAUAAACAUAGUGGAAUCCAGAGAAGCCCCAGGUCGGCUUCGAAAUCUUUUAGUUUCGAGUCCAGGUGGAAGUAAUGGCUUAGUCAAUUGGCGCCAACAGGUAUAUUCUCCUGAAUCUGAGGCUGAGGGUAUGAUUCGCUGGAGAAUGAGGGGAAGGAGUCAAAUAUAUACCCGUAACAUCUUUUCUAACACGGAGGAAUCAGAGUUGCUGCCAUAUGUUGGAAAUUCUGGUGAUUAUCUAGAUGCGGGAGGCUUUGAGGAAUUGCUCGAGCAUCUUGCUGAGGCUGACAGCUUAAGACGAGGAGCACCUCCAGCUUCCGUGUCCUUUGUGAAUAGUCUGCCUCGUGUUGCUAUUAGUAAGGAACAUGAGAAGCAUGAUGACUUAGCAUGUGCGAUUUGCAAGGAUGUGUUGACAAUUGGUACUGAAGUGAAUCAGCUUCCCUGCUCUCACCUGUAUCACCCUUCCUGUAUUUUGCCAUGGUUGAGUGCACGGAAUACUUGCCCUCUUUGUCGAUAUGAGCUACCAACUGAUGACAGAGACUACGAAGAGGGGAAGCGGAACAUUAGUGGAAGAGUGGAGACCCGCAAUGCCCAGCAGCAGAAUGCAAGUGAGGACAGUUCCUCUGUUGCUUUCAACAGAGCUGAAGAAGGUGAAGAGUUUGCUUUCAGUGAAAGGAGAAUGGAGCAGAGGUUCCUAUCUGAUAGGGGGGCAGCAACAACUAAUGGCUCUGGUGGAGAAAAUAGUCGGGGGAGAUGGUUUCUUCUUGCUGCUGCCCCAAUUGUGAGUCUCGUGGGCAUUGUUCUUGUGCUGUGGUUAGGCAGUCCCCUAAUGGAAAGAAGAGGUCUGGCAGGAAACCACAACUUUGCUGGUCAGGCCCAACGCCCAACCCAUGUCACUGGCCCCUCACCCAACCCCAGGGAGAACAGAAGCAGGAGAUGGUGGUCACUUUUCUGA